AUUGACCUUAGCCCAUUACAAGAAAGCCCCGGUGUUCUGUUGCAAAUCCAGAACUUCAAGGAAGGCAACCUCAAAGUCUCCAUCAUCCUCUUUCUACCCCUUUGCAACCCACCCAGAGAAGAUAUGGUUCUAACUCUCCACAACACAUUUCUCCAAAUCAAACCUUCUUUUCCCUCGUCUCUCGCCCCCAGAAAGGCAGUGACUGCAGCGGCGGGGAAUUGUAGGCCACAAGUGACGUGUCGGAAGAAGGAUAUCCACCCGGAAUUCUACGAGGAUGCGAAAGUUUAUUGCAAUGGAGAAUUAGUGAUGACGACUGGUGGGACCCAGAAGGAGUACGUGGUGGAUGUUUGGUCGGGGAACCAUCCUUUUUACCUCGGAAACAGGUCGGCCGUCCUUGUGGACGCUGACCAGGUCGAGAAGUUCCGUAAGAAGUUCGGGCAGUUGUCAGAGAUUAUGGAGAUCCCUGUGCUUAAGGGUGAGAUUGUUUUGCCCACUAAGCGCAAGGCGGCUAAAGGCGGCAAGAAGAAGUAGAUUCAUUGCUAGUAACUUGAUUUUCUUUUUUCUCAACAUUGUCUGUGUAUUAGAAUGCUUGGUUUGUGUUUGACAUUAUGCCUGAUUUGCUAUGUGGAUGUGGUUGGACUUGGCUCGUGACGACCGACAGGGUAUAAAACUUAUUUCUUUUAGUCCUUUUUGACAUUUUGGGACUUGGGUCAUGCUAAUUAGUCGCAAAAAGUGUAGAAAAAGAUGACUAACUCAUUGAAUGUUAUGAAAUUGGAAGUUGAACA